UCUGUCCAAGACACACACAAACCUCUGUUUCAGUCCUAAAAUCCUCUCGCGAAAAUGCUCCGUCAGCUUCCGCCAACUAUCACGGCGGAUGAAACGCCGGAAUGGCUCCCCGUCGGUUGGAUUGUUCACUCUACGGCUUUAAAACGAGGUCGCCAAUCUAAGACGUACACGCAUUUGAAAACGGGAAGGAAGCUCGCCACCAAGGAUCAAGUGAUUGAGUUCGUUAGAAUGUAUGAGAUUCGAGAGCGCAGAGAAUCCGCUAUCCUCAGAAAGAAAGCACUUUUAAAGGCCUUACAAGAUGAAGAGGCUGCUAGAGAAAGGGCUUCACGGCUUCAGGAUGAUCGAAAAGCCGAUCUGGAGAGUGUUUCUUUUUGUAAAAAUCCACUUUAUGAGAUAAAUGACAACAACGUGUCGAGUGGUUCGAAUCCACACUCAGAGCAAGAAGUACCACAGUGUCAGACUACUAAGGAAUCUGAAGCAGCUUCGUUUGAUAAAGUAGAGGAAACCGGGAGCGAUUACAUUACGUAUGAUUAUAACACGGAGGAAGAAGAUUGGUCAGAUAAUGAAUAUGUGGAGGACAAAGGUUCCCAAGAGAAUGUGGAGACUUUCUCUAACGUUACCUCUUUUCCUCUACGGUUACAACCAGAAAGGAUGACGAAACUGGAGUCAAGAGCUAUAACGCAAUGUCUACUUGAAGAUGAAGAAAAGUUUCAAGAAGUUGAGACCUCAAAAGCAGCAGAAGAUGGUUUGAAAGAGGCUCACUUAGUGGUAGAGUCUUUUGGAGAAGGAAACUUGCAGGAUGUUGUGGUUGUUGAUAAGGCGAGGGAGAUCCCUGGUUUGACUGGAUCGUUUACUAUUGAAAUCAACCUCAACUGUGAACCUCCUUUAGGUGAUAGUUUGGUAGAGAAAGGCUGGAAUCAAAGUGGGAAUGGAGGAACAGAAACAAGAAACACUGAGAUCAGAGACCAAGAAAGUGAAGAGCCUCUUAAAACUCAAGCUACACAUGAAGGAACUGCUAGUAAGUUGAGAGGAUCAGUCUUUGAAAAGUUCAAUGCUGGAUCAUCUGCAGAUGAUCUCAUCAAAACCAAUGAGCUUGGUUUACACCCCUGUCCUGACACACCACAAGAAAAGAACGUAAGUGGCUCUAAGAAGCGGAAGAAGAGCGCGGAACCAUGUUCGUCUAAGAACAUUAAGAAGGGAGACACUGAAGCACAAACUGAUAAUCUUGGGAAAGGCAAAAGGACACCAAGAAAGCGGAAGGGAGGAAAGGGAAGUUCGAGUGAGAAAACACCUGUUGAAUGGCCUGAACCGUGCCCGAACUUCCCAUUUGAGCCUCUCAGAACUUCAGAGGAUGAUGACUCAGUAAUCCGCAGGUACCUUGAGGAAUACUAUACAGCUGCAGGGAGUGCUGAUAGUAGUAAUAUACCUUUACCUGAUUUUGGAUUGCCUAGCUUCUCCAACAUCAAAGUCUCACAGAGUGAAGAACAUGAUUCCAAGGAAAAGAAGUCUCCUGAUCCUCCAUGUGUAGUAGAGGUAGCAAGUUCAAGCCUACAUUGUUGCGUGUCCAUGGUUGCUACUAUGCAACAGACAGUUGCAGGGAACUAAAGACACCUCCACAAGCUCUUUAGUUUGAGCUGCGCAAUGACCUUAAUGUAAGAAAGCACUAGUAUAUAUGUAGAUGUAUGUAUGGAUGUGGCUAACAACUGUGUAACUUAUGAUCCUAAAUUAGAUUUGUUAAAUAUUUUCUUA